AUGACGAAGCGCACGAAGAAGGUCGGCGUGACCGGCAAGUACGGCACUCGAUAUGGUGCUUCCCUCCGAAAGCAAGUCAAGAAGAUGGAAAUCACCCAGCACGCACGAUACAUCUGCACAUUCUGCGGCAAGAAUACUGUCAAGCGACACUCGGUUGGCAUCUGGAAGUGCAAGGGUUGCCAGAAGACGAUCGCUGGAGGCGCCUGGACGGUUUCUACCCCGGCUGCUGCUGCUACCCGGUCGACCAUUCGAAGACUGAGAGAAAUCGCGGAGGUGUAA